AUGAGGAGUCUUCUACUUCUGCCAGUGCUGUUUGCACUAGCAUUCAGCCACUCUCAUGACAAAAAUCUGGACUGGUGGGAAACUACCAUCUUUUACCAGAUCUAUCCAAGGUCAUUCAAGGACAGUGACGGUGAUGGCAUUGGAGACUUGAAUGGUAUCACAUCAAGCCUAGAAUAUUUGAAGGAGCUUGGCGUUGGAGCCACUUGGCUUUCACCUAUUUUCAAGUCUCCUAUGUAUGAUUUCGGCUACGACAUCGCCGACUUCUAUGCCAUUCAAGAAGAAUACGGUACUAUGGAAGAUUUUGAAAAUCUCAUGGCUAAAGCUAAGGAAUUAGAUAUUAAAAUAGUUCUGGAUUUUGUACCUAACCACACGAGUAAUGAAAGUGUGUGGUUUGAGGAGGCGCUGCGAGGUCACGAGAAAUAUUACGAUUACUUUAUCUGGGAGGAUGGAGUUGUGGACGAAAAUGGGGUUAUGCAUCCGCCCAAUAAUUGGGUAAGCGUUUUCCGCAAGAGUGCUUGGGAAUACAGAGAAGAAGUAGGUAAAUACUACUUCCACCAAUUUGUAAUUGGUCAACCAGAUCUGAACUACCGUAACCCAGCCAUCGUUGAAGAAAUGAAGAACAUUAUUCGCUUUUGGCUCGACAAAGGCGUUGCUGGUUUCAGGGUUGAUGCUAUUGCACAUCUUUUCGAAGUUGACAAGGCUGAUUUUGGAGGAAAGUUACCUGAUGAGCCAUUGUCUGGCAGAACCGAUGACCCUGACAGCUAUGACUACUUGACUCACAUUUACACCACUGACCUUGAUGAAACAUUAGACAUGGUUUACCAAUGGAGGGAAGUUUUCGAUGAAUACAAAGAAAAAGAUGGUUUAACUAGGGUUAUGAUGACCGAAGCGUACUCUAGCCCUCAGAUGACUAUGAGGUACUUCGGCGAAGGUGAACGCAAGGGAGCACAGAUGCCUUUCAACUUUGUUCUGAUUUCUGACGUUAAUGGAGAGUCAAGUGCUGCCGAAAUUAAAUAUGCACUUGAUAAGUUCCUUACAUUCAAACCUAUUGACGAACACGCUAAUUGGGUGGCCGGAAAUCACGAUAACAACCGUGUGGCUUCAAGGUUCAGUCCAGAGUUGGUUGAUGGCAUCAAUAUGAUCAUUAUGUUGAUGCCCGGUAUUGCCGUUACUUACAUGGGUGAAGAAAUCGGUAUGGUUGACGGUUACGUCAGCUGGGAAGACACCGUUGACCCGAGCGGUUGUAACACAGAUGACCCAAUCAACUACUGGAUGGCUUCUAGAGAUCCUGAGCGUACACCGUUCCAAUGGAAUGCUGAGAAGAAUGCCGGAUUCUCCACCGCCGAUAAGACUUGGCUGCCAGUAGCUGCUGGUUACGAAAACUUGAAUGUGGAAGUCCAGCGCGAGUCAGAAAACACUCACUUGAACGUUUACAAAUUCUUGGCUGACCUCCGCACUGACAAGGUUUUCAGAUACGGUAGAUACGAGUCCGUUGCUUUCAAUGAAGGAGUUUUUGCUUUCAGAAGAUGGUACCAAAGAAAAGCUUACAUCGUAGUCGUCAACUUCAGAAAUGAACCCUACACCAUUGACCUAACAUACUUCGAGGGCGUCAACAGAUCAGUCAAGGUCGUUGUCAGCAGCAUUCAAUCUCCCAAAACUUCCAGGGAUGUGCUUAGCGCAAACAAAGUGGAGAUCGUCGGAAACGAAUCUUUGGUGCUCAAAGUUGUUUAA